GGUGUCAGUACAGUCAUAACACUCACGCUUGUUGGUCACUUCUUGUGAAUGCAUGCGUUAAUCCGAAUGAAAAUAACUAGAUUUUGUGCCAAUUGGUGUGUUCUUAAUCUUUGAAAUAAUUAAGGUUGUUCGAUAAGACACAAAUUUUCAACGCGUCGUCCAGUUGUCACCAAUUUUAAAUUCAGUGGAAAGUGUUAUCAGGCUGCUAUCAGUUAGUGCCAAGGGCAGUCUAUGAAAGCUAGAUAUCAGUGUAAAUUUCUGGCAAACAAGAUUACCGGUGAUUUAAGUUUGGAAAUGCCAUAUGCUGUCAGUACUGUUGAAGAGCUGAACACCUCAGCCGACACCUUAACUCAAGCGGCUCACGACAGGCGCAGUUAACCGACCAGCGCCUUCUUAUUCGCAACCGCACGGCUUUCAGUCGAACGGCCGUUGCUGAAGUGUACAGUCGUGUCAGUUGUGGGAGGUUCAUUGGAAAUCGAUCUGCGACGGGGUAUCAGUCUGUAUUAGAGCGCACUGCUUUUUUUCAUUCGAAGGUGUUAAUGUGCCACGCGGAUUUAGUGCUCUCGACGUUUAAGCGGAUCAGUCGUGUGUCGUUUUAAUAUUUAGGGCGUAUACGUAACAGUGAAAUUAUCUAGAUAGUUGUCGUUUCGUGGUACGUUCAAAUGGAAAGUACUUUCAACUCGUCAGCAGACGGACAAAAAGAGCUGCCCUCGAAACUCCUAUCGGUAGUAUUGGUUCCAACCAGUGAAGACCAAAAUAACAAAGCCCCCAUUCAGGUAGUUUGUGUGUGAUCCUCUCGAUCGGAGCCUAGCGAGGAGUGGGGAAUAGGUUGCAUCCAACCAGAGUGAACGAGAUAGAAGCAAUAAUAAACCAAGUAUAUAGUGAAGCCAGAUAAAACUCGCAUCGAAACGCGGAAAAUACGCGAAAAUAACUACCCAAAAGGGAACACACAAAACGGUUUUCCCCGGUGAAGUUCCCUGCGAUUGUAGUGUGCGGAGCACUGUAUACAUCAAGCUGUAAAGUACUGUUCGGAAUUGAGGUGUCCAGGUGCGAGAAGGAUACCACGACUGCAAAAUGUUGAAGAGCAAAGCAACCGAAGAGAAGGUCACUCUGCUGUCCACUAACCAGAUACCGAUCAUCGAUCUGGCUCAUUGUGGUACGGAAGAGUGUCCAAUUCGAUCAGUCGUUAAUCGUGUUGGGGGGCAGCUGUGCCGUGCCCUGACAGAAAAAGGUGUGGCUUUACUGGUGAAUCAUGGAAUUGGAGAAGAAAAGAUCAAACUCGCCUACAGCCAUCUGGAUGAUUUCUGCAAACUGUCGGAUGACACCAAGGAGCUGUACCUCCGGAAGGACGGUAAUCACGGCUACGUCAAACCAGGCCAGGAACGGUUCGACGGUAAAACUAAGGAGCUGCGUCACACGUUCAACAUUUGUACGUUGAAACCGGAUGCUUCACUACCGGAGGAACCACUGCCCGGAUUUCGGGAACACAUUUCCGAUCUGGCGCAGGAUUUCCAGCGGCUGUCAUCGCUCCUCCUGCAAGCUCUAGCCGUGGGGCUGGAACAACCGCACAAAUACUUUCUGGAGAAGCAUACCCACAUUUUGGAUGGGGAAAGUGAAAACCAGUCCACAUUCCGCCUGCUGUACUAUCCACCGUUGAUCGUGGAUGACGGCCAGAAUGAGCUUCUGCGCGGUAUCUGCCAUUACAGCCAGCAACGCUGUGCAAAAGACGAAAUUGAUCUCUCGAUCCCCGAAGACUACAAGAAAAAGAUGGCCGAGGAAGAGGAGAAUCGGGAAGCCCAGUAUACUCGGUGUGGGGCUCAUUGCGACUACGGCACGUUUACUUUGCUAGUGCAGGACUGCGAAGGUGGUCUCGAAAUAAAACUGCCUGGAACGGACAAGUGGAAACGAGUGGGACACCUGCCCGGAGCUAUUCUAGUUAACGCUGGUGAACUGCUGGCGAGCUGGACCAACGAGAAGAUUCCUGCCUUGUGCCACCGUGUCGUUAUACCGAAAGACGAGGCUUCCAAGCAUCGUGGAAGGCACUCAAUCGCGUUCUUUGUUCAUCCAGACAACUGCACCGAUAUUGAGCCACUUGAAAUACCAACCUCCAGUUCCUCCAAUUCACUCGAGUCGAUGGACAAGAAGGAGAAGAACCGGAAAAAGUCUUUCAAAACGGCGAAAACAAAAAUUUACAACGCCUAUCAGCAUGUGCAACGUCGCUUCAAGGAAACGUAUGCCUCAUAACGGUAGCCGGAAAUGCAUCCACAUUCGCAAACAAUCGAAUAGGAUUGUUUUCCGGGCUGGAUGCCUCUACUUACAGGUUGUCCAUCAAUCAUGCUGAUGGUGAAUAAAACCAUAUUAACGCGAUGCA